UGGAUGGAAUAGAAAAUAAUCGUAAAACAAGGAAAAAUGUUACAAAAGAGCACAUUGAAAUGCUUAAACAUUUAGUUGAAAGAAAUCAAUCUACAACAAGCAUUUCCACUUCUCUUAAUUUAUCGAAGCGCACAGUUCAAAAUCUUGUCGUUUAGUUAAACAGAGGAGAAUUCGACGACAUGACUGCAUUCAAGUCGUCUUCUGAUAAAAAAGGUGAAAGACCUAUAAACGCUCAAAUAAAAAAUAUUAUCGAAUUAUGCGUACAAGAAAACAAUCUUUGCACGCAAGAAACAAUAAAAGAAAAUCUUUCUGCAGCAGGCUUCAACAUGUCUCAGCCUACUAUUUCAAGAAAACUCAAACGCUCGGAUUUAUCAAGAAAACGUGUUGUGCAUGUGCCAGAAGAACGAAAUUCAACACGAAUUAUCAAUGCACGCUAUGCAUUUGCAAGCGAAAUUAACGGAAUUUCAGAUGAAAAACUUAUUUAUUUGGAUGAAACUGGAUUUAAUGUGCACACUAACAGCACAUAUGGUUAUUCGCUAAGAGGUGCGCCAGCAAUUUUACAGUCGCCUGCAAAUCGUGGCAAGAAUGUUAGUUUAAUUUGUGCUGUUUCAACAAUAGGAGUGCUUGCUUAUGAAACAAAAACUGGAGGCUGGAAUGCAGAUUCAUUUUGUACUUUCAUAACUACAAUGAUGGCACCAGCGAUUAGGAAUGCAAAUGUGGAAGCGCCGGUGCUUGUUAUGGACAAUUGUAAAUUCCACUGGAGUCUUUCUGUUAGGCAAACACUAGCCUCUCAUGGUAUAGCUAUUAAGUAUCUGCCAGCUUACACGCCACAGCUUAAUCCAAUAGAAGAAUUUUUUUCUUCUUUAAAACAUACUUACAAACAGGGAGAAAGGCCUCGAAAUACGGAUGAGGUAAUCAGGAAACUUAAAAAUAUUAUGGAUACUACAGAGUUUAAUAUAGUUCCAUUUUACAACCAUAUGCGUAGUUAUAUAAAUCAAGCGCUGGCUCGGCAACCAUUUCUUAAAUAAAUAACAAUGAAAACAACCUAAUUUAUAUUUUAAAUAUGUCUAGAUAAAAAUUUAAAAGCGUAUUUAUCGUGUGAAUUAAAUUAUAUUAGAGAUUUUAUGGGUGGUUGA